GAAAACGAGAAUAGAGAGGAGAAGAAGGAAAGGGACCGACUCUUUUGGCAGGUAAAUAGAUAGAUAAUAGUAUAGAUUAUCCAAUUGCCUCGAUUUUAGCAAAACCCAUAAACCAAUCCAUCCAUGGAAUCUUCUUCUUCUUCUUCCUAGAAUCCUAGCUAGCUAGUCCUAAAUCAUCAAGUUCAGUCAUGACGAGACGCGACGAGCGCCAGUCUGGGUCUUUCUACGACCUUUCUACUUUGAUUCUCAACCUCCUUCGCUAUCCCCCAACGCCAACGCCAACGCCAAUCUCCUUCUCCGAUCACUACUCUCCCUCGUCCAUUAACCGUCCUCUUCCUCUUAAUUCCAUGCCUCCUAUGUCGGCCGCCGGAUUCGCCUCCUUGCUUCUGGGUGUAUCUUUGGCGCUCAUGUUAUGCGGAUCCGUCACGUUCAUCAUCGGUUUCAUGUUAAUGCCCUGGGUUGUAGGUUUACUUGCUGUUCUCUAUGUCGUUGGAGUUGUUUCUUCUUUAUCCAUUCUUGGAUCCGCUAUUUGUUCUCAUUUUUUGCCGCCGCCUCCUCCUUUUCCGACCACCAAGGAAGUUCCUGAGUGGAAGAUGUAUUGAAGUGGUUUUGAGCAUAGAAAUAGAACAUGGAGAAAAUCAAAAGCAAGAUCUAUGGAGAGAAAUUCUUUCACAUGUGAGUUAUUCUUUAUUAUUAUUAUUAUUAUUAGUGAAAUGGGUUGGUAUUUGUUCUUUCUUUUCUUACACACAUGAGUUUUAAGAUUCACUUGUAUCAUAUUUCUUGGCUCUUUUUUGAUAUGCCCAACAAACAACAUAUAUAUAUAUAUAUAUAUACCUAGUUUGAUAUAUGUACUAUUAAUUUGUAUCUGUUUUGUUCUGUUCCAAGAAGAAGGAUUGUUGUUGCUUCAUGUUUUACACAAUUAUCUUUUAUUAAAUAAUAAGAUUCUUGUUGUCACU